UCUCGCUGCUUCCGGUGGCGGCGGGCGGUUCCGGCGCGCGCCCAGGGCGGCGGCGCGCGGUAGGGGGCCGAGGGGUGCGUGUUGGCCUGGAUGGACGCCGCCGCGGCCGCCAUGCAGCUGACGGUGAAGGCGCUCCAGGGCCGUGAGUGCAGCCUACAGGUGUCGGAGGAUGAGCUGGUGUCCACGCUGAAGCAUCUGGUCUCCGAGAAGUUGAACGUCCCCGUGCGCCAGCAGCGGCUGCUGUUCAAGGGCAAGGCCCUGGCAGAUGGGAAAAAACUCUCCGAUUACAGCAUCGGGCCCAAUUCCAAGCUCAACCUCGUGGUCAAACCUCUGGAGAAGGUGUUACUGGAAGAAAAUGCCACACAGAAACUGGCCGAGGCCCCACCCUUGCGCCCACCCGCCUGGCAGCUGAUUGCCAAAGUCUUGGCCCGCCACUUCAGUGCCGCAGAUGCCAACAGGGUCCUAGAUCAACUACAGAGGGAUUAUGAGAAGUCCCUGAGCCGCCUGACCCUGGAUGACAUCGAACGUUUAGCCAACCGCUUCCUGAACCCCGAAGUCACUGAAGUUAAGGAGAAGGGGUUCUCUAAAUAAGAUUCACGGAGUGUGGGGAUGAGCCUGGCCAGGCUGCAAGCUGCAUGUAGCAUUAAAUGUGUCCUCAUGUUGCAA